GUUACACGGUGGACCUUAUGAUAUGAUCUCACUGUAUGUUCAGAAGUUUAUAAUGAUAUUAAUGAUUUAACGAUAUUGUCUGAGGAUUAAAAAGUAGACAGGGGAGAACAGAGAUUUAGGAUUAAAGACAUUUUAUUUUUUAUAGCAGUAAAGUGAAACUAAACUACAGAUUUAGCAGAAGCCAUUACUGAGCUCUGAACAGACGGAGACAGAAUGGCAACUGGAUCCUCUCUCCUGGAAGAGGAGCUCUCCUGUCCUGUGUGCUCUGAAAUCUUCAGGGAUCCUGUUGUCCUGAGAUGCAGUCACAGCUUCUGUAAGGCCUGUCUGCAGCAGUACUGGGAUCAGAAGGGAUCUCAGGAGUGCCCAGUUUGCAGGAGAAGAGCUUCUAUGGAACCACCUCCCUAUAACCUGUCUCUGAGGAAUACCUGUGAGGCGUUCUUAAAGGAGAGAAGUCAGAGAGCUGAAGCAGGAUCUGAAGUGCUCUGCAGUCUGCACAGUGAGAAACUCAAACUCUUCUGUCUGGAGGAUUAUGAACCCCUUUGUGUCGACUGUUUAACAGGAUCACACAGAAAUCACAACUUCUGUCCAAUAGAGGAGGCUGUGCUGAAAUCUAAAAAGAAAAUCAGGACUGCACUGGCUCCACUGCAGAAGAAGCUAGAAGCCUUUAAUGCAGUGAAACUAAUCUGUGAUCAAACAGCAGAGCACAUCAAGAGCCAGACCCAGCACACAGAGAGACAGAUAAAGAUGGAGUUUGAGAAACUUCAGCAGUUCCUAAAAGAUGAAGAGGCAGCCAGGAUCACUGCACUGAGGGAGGAAGAGAAGCAGAAGAGUCAGAUGAUGAAGGAGAAGAUUGAGAAGAUGACAGAAGAGAUAUCAUCCCUUUCAGAACAAAUCAGAGCCAUAGAACAGGAGCUGGGAGCUGAAGACGUCUCAUUCCUGCAGAGCUACAAGGACACACAAAACAGAGCCCAGUGCACACUGGGAGAUCCAGAGAAGGUAUCAGGAGCGCUGAUUGAUGUGGCCAAGCACCUGGGCAAUCUGAAGUACAGAGUGUGGGAGAAGAUGCUGGGGACUGUUCAAUACACUCCUGUGACUCUGGACCUGAACACAGUUCAUCCCAAACUCUCACUGUCUGAGGAUCUGACCAGUAUGAGAUACAGUGAUGAGAGACAGCAGGUUCCUGAUAAUCCAGAGAGAUUUGAUGCGUGGUUGUGUGUGCUGGGCUCUGAGGGAUUCAGCUCAGGGAGACACUGCUGGGAUGUAGAAGUGGGGGAUGAUGAGUACUGGGGGGUGGGUGUGGUUAAAGAGUCCUUCAGCAGGAAAGGGGAUGUGGAUCUGAGCCCAGCAGGAGGAGUGUGGGGUAUAGAGCAGUACAGCAGUGGGGUGUACACAGCCCUGACCUCCACACCUACAGUCCUCACUGUGCAGAGGAAACUCCAGAGGGUCAGAGUGCAGCUGGACUGGGACAGGGGGGAGGUGUCAUUCUCUGACCCCAGUGACAACACUCCUCUCUACACUUUUAAACACUCCUUCACUGAGAGACUGUUUCCAUUCUUUGGUCCGUCUCCUCACAGGAUGCAGAUCUGUCCACUGAAGGUGUCUGUGAGUGAAAAAUAGCACCGUGGGAUUGUGGGUAAAUAUCCGCUGAAAUGUAUUUAGUCUGUAUUUAGUCACUUCUGAGCAGGUUUAUAAAAAUACUUGCAGAUGAAACAAAGAAAAUUUUCGAUAUAAUUUGAAAAGUAAAUGCGAGCAUUCCAUAGUGUUUCAUGAGAUAGGUUUCAUGAAUUUCAUAUCACCUCACAAUGUUAAUGCUGAGUAACUCCUGUGGUAUAUGGUGGUAUUUAAGUACACUGGUGUGUGUGAGUGUGAGUGUGAGUGUGUGUCUGUGAGUGUGAGUGUGUGUGUGUGUGAGUGUGAGUGUGAGUGUGAGUGUGAGUGUGAGUGUGUCUGUGUGUCUGUGUGUGUGUGUGUGUGUGUGUCUGUGUGUGUCUGUGUGUGUGUGAUGAGUGGAGUGCUGCUCUUUUCCUGACCCGUCACCAGUGUGUGAUGAGGUAAGUCUCUCCAGUGCAGUAUGAACGCAGACAGAGACAAAUACGCCCCUCAUACACUGGGUUUGGGUUCAUUCCACACUCACUUCAGCUGAUCUGAGAUCAGUUGUGAAACACAGAUAUGCUAGCUUUGGGUCUAUUUUAAUGUUGACUUCAGAUAUAUGCUUAAUAGCUACAAGCA